AUGCCCAAGAUGUCCGACUUUGACGCGAGCGAGAUCGAGGCAAGGGUCGAGAAGCAGACCGUCAACCCCAUCAAGUCGUUCCUCUCGGGCGGCUUUGGUGGUGUCUGUGCGGUGCUUGUCGGUCAUCCGUUCGACCUCACCAAGACCCGUCUCCAGACCGCCCCGCCGGGCACAUAUACCGGCGCGAUGGAUGUCGUCAAGAAGACGCUUGCGCGUGAUGGCCUGAAGGGUCUUUACCGCGGCAUUUCGCCGCCCCUUCUCGGCGUCACCCCCCUCUUCGCGGUCUCGUUCUGGGGUUACGACGUCGGCAAGCGCAUUGUCUACGCCGCAACGCCGAACCGCAAGGACCAGCACCUGACGAUCCCCGAGCUCGCGUUCGCCGGUUUCUUCUCCGCUAUCCCCGCUACCGUCGUCGCUGCCCCCGCCGAGCGUAUCAAGGUUCUCCUCCAGGUCCAGGGUCAGGGCGGCAAGCCCGCAUACACUGGCCCUCUCGAUGUCGUCAAGAAGCUCUACGCUGAGGGCGGCGUCAAGUCGAUCUUCCGUGGUACUGUUCCCACUAUUCUCCGUGACGGUCCUGGUUCUGCUGUCUACUUCGCCACAUACGAGGUCGUCAAGAAGGCUCUCUCUGGCAAGCCUGUCAUUGACCACGCUACUGGCGAGGAGAAGGCUCCUCCCCUCUCCCUCCCGGCCGUCAUGUUUGCAGGUGGUAUGGCCGGUGUGGCCAUGUGGUCGAUCGCCAUCCCCCCCGACACGAUCAAGUCGCGUAUCCAGUCAGCUCCUAACGGCACCUACCGCGGUUUCCUGGACUGUGCGCGCCAGCUGAUUGCCAAGGACGGUAUCACUGCUCUUUGGAGCGGUUUCGGCCCCGCCAUGGCACGUGCGUUCCCGGCCAACGCGGCGACUUUCCUCGGCGUCGAGGUCUCGCUCAAGCUCAUGGACCUGGUGUUCUAA